CUUCCCUCGGUCUCAGCGACCGCGACUUGCCAGUGCUCGCCACCGCGAACAAGCUCUCGUCACUGUCGUUUUCGGCCCCGGACUGAGCUGUCUGUAUACUAUUUCUUGCCGCUCGCUUUCGUUUUGAAUCACUCUCUUGCUUGGACUUGAGCUGAGCCGUCAUGCUGGGCGGGCUGUUGUUUUGGCUGGGCUUGUUGCCCCUCAGUGCACUGGCGGUGCUGGAUACGAAUCUGGGGAACCAGACGAUCGAAAGAACAAUAUCACUUCGAACACAUUCGAUAUACGCCCCCUACAUCGACCAAGACCUACAGAACCGAUGGUGGGACUUCGGUGCAGACGCAUACGUCAACACGAACAAGCACGUCCGCCUCACCCGGAAUCGACCGUCGCAGAUGGGUUGGCUGUGGUCGCGUGUACCGCUCACAGCACAGAACUGGAUCAUCGAAGUCGAGUUCAAGAUUCACGGCGAUUCAACACACUUGUAUGGAGACGGUCUCGCGAUGUGGUUGACGACCGCGAGGGCACAGCCUGGACCCGUCUUUGGUAGCAUCGACAACUUCGAGGGUCUUGGAAUAUUCCUUGAUACAUACGCCAACACACGACACUCGUACUCGUUCCCGCGCAUCGUUGGCAUGUUGGGUGAUGGCAAGACGGAGUACGACCUGGGGGGUGAUGGUCAAAAAGACAGUCUGGGUGGCUGCUCAGCAAACCUCCGUCGCACGAACGUAGCUACGAAGCUGCGGGUGUCAUAUGUAAAGGACAAGCUGCUCAGCGUCAAGGCACAGUACAGGGCAUGGGAUGAUUGGGUAGAAUGCUUCACCAUUCGUGACAUCAGCCUGCCCAACGCGCCCUACCUUGGCUUCUCCGCCAUGACGGGUGACGUUUCAGACAAUCACGACAUCAUUAGCGUCACCACGUACUCCGCCAUCCUCUCCAGCCCGGACAAGCAGCGGAACACGAUCGUGGGUGCCAAGUCCGCCGUGGCGUCGACCUUCCUCUGGACGGUCCUGAAGAUCGCGGGGGUGCUUGGCGUGCUUGCGGGGCUGUUUUACGCGUACAAGACGUAUGUGCUCAAGCAGUCGGUGGGCCGGGGCUUUGGGGACGCAUUCAUGGGCCGAAACGGCGGGGGUUUGAGUGCGUUCUACGGCGAUGCGAAACGCUUCUGAGGCAUUUAUGGGGAUAUGUAUCUGGGAUAUUUAAUAUACCUCGCUUCGACCGACGCGAGGUGAACGGGUUCAACGAUGGCGUGCGAUGAUUGGAUAGCCAUGAGGAGGAAAACAGGUUCAAAUCAGCAAAAGUGCAGGGCCAAUCUUUGUGUGAAGGCACGACGUUUCGUCGACGAAUGGAUG